GAACGGGUUGAAUACGAGCUUUCAUAGUGCCAAACCGGAACUGCUCGCGAAGAGUCCCGUCUCAUUUACACCAGUAGUGUCACGUGUGUUGCCUUCUUGUCCGUGACGCCGUGGCCCCUUUCCUCUUUCCUCCAUUUUCUACUACUGUUCUUCUUCUUCAGUUCUUCUCUUUCCUCCUCUGAAGUCUCUGAUCAAUCUCUCUCUCUCUCUCUCCCUCUCUCUCUCUCGCUCUCGAGAAUUGGGCGGCCGAGAUCGAGCCUUCGAAGCCCGCAACUGGUCUCUCUCCGUCCACUUCACUCGCCGGGUUUACGAAGGCAUAUGUUGCCAUCAUGGAGUCCUGCGAUUGCAUUGACACCCAGUGGCCGCCUGACGAGCUUCUAGUGAAGUAUCAGUACAUAUCAGACUUCUUGAUUGCAGUUGCAUACUUCUCCAUCCCCUUGGAGCUCAUAUACUUCGUGCAAAAAUCGGCAUUCUUCCCCUACAGAUGGGUUCUAAUGCAGUUUGGUGCUUUUAUAGUUCUCUGCGGGGCAACCCACUUUAUAAACUUGUGGACUAUCAAUAUGCAUUCGAAGGCUGUUGCUGUGGUGAUGACCAUUGCAAAGAUGUCUUGUGCUGCUGUUUCAUGUGUAACAGCAUUGAUGCUUGUCCACAUAAUUCCCGAUUUACUUAGCGUAAAAACCCGGGAAUUGUUUCUGAAGAACAGGGCCGAAGAGCUUGAUUGGGAGAUGGGCCUUAUUCUUACCCAAGAGGAAACUGGAAGACAUGUCAGAAUGCUAACUCAUGAAAUCAGAAGCACACUUGAUCGGCACACUAUACUGAAAACAACCCUUGUGGAGUUGGGUAGGACAUUAGGCCUGGAGGAAUGUGCCCUGUGGAUGCCUUCACGAAAUGGCAUGAAUCUCCAACUCUCACAUACUCUUCACCACCAAACAUCCGUCGGAUCUAACAUUCCAAAAAACCAUCCUAUAGUAAAUAAAGUCUUCAACAGUCCACAAGCAAUGCCUAUCCCAUACACUUGCCCACUUGCAAGGAUAAGACCUUUUGUGGGAAGAUCAGAAAUUGUUGCUGUCCGAGUACCUCUUUUGAAUCUCUUGAAUUUUCAGAUUAAUGAUUGGCCAGACCAUUCUGCGAAAAGUUAUGCUGUGAUGGUUCUCAUUCUUCCGACAAACAGUGGUAGACAGUGGAGAGAGCAUGAAUUGGAACUUGUUGAAGUUGUUGUAGACCAGGUUGCUGUUGCUCUCUCACAUGCUGCUAUUCUGGAGGAAUCCAUGCGAGCUCGAGACCAACUCCUUGAACAGAACAUUGCCUUGGAUUUAGCUCGUCGAGAUGCAGAGACUGCUAUCCAUGCUCGCAAUGAUUUCCUCUCCGUCAUGAACCACGAGAUGAGAACUCCAAUGCACUCAAUUAUUGCCCUAUCUUCUCUUCUUCUAGAAACUGAACUGACUUUGGAGCAAAGAAUGAUGAUAGAGAGUGUACUCAAGAGCAGCAAUCUCUUGGCAACCCUUAUUAAUGAUGUUCUUGAUCUUUCUAAACUCGAGGAUGGAAGCCUUGAGCUGGAGAGCAAAAAGUUCAACCUUCAUGUCGUUGUCAAAGAGGUUAUCAACUUGAUACAGCCUAUAGCUUCUGUGAAGAAGCUUUCCAUCACUUUGAUGUUAACUCCUGAUGUCCCUAUUUAUGCUGUUGGUGAUGAGAAACGCCUAAUGCAAACUAUCUUGAAUAUCAUGGGAAAUGCUGUGAAGUUCACCAAGGAAGGUUAUGUUUCCAUUAGAGCUUCUGUCGUUAAACGAGAAUCAUUAGGAGACUGGCUACCACCUGAAUUAUAUCCCACAUCCCUAGAGGACCAAUUCUACUUGAAAGUUCAGGUUACGGACUCGGGUUGUGGCAUUGCUCCCCAAGAUCUUCCCAAUAUAUUUACCAAAUUCUCUCUGCCUCGAAAUGGACCCAAUCGAAGUAGUAGCGGAGCAGGACUUGGACUUGCCAUUUGUAAAAGGUUUGUCAGUCUCAUGGGAGGUCACAUAUGGGUUGAGAGUGAGGGCCAGGGUAAAGGAUCCAGUGUCACAUUCCUCGUCAAACUAGGAGUAUGCAAAGAUCCCUGUGAUAUAGCAGCACUCCAAGUCACGCCCAAAGCUAGGCCCAGUCACAGCAGUGCGGAUUUCUCGAGACAAAAACCCAUGAGAGAUGCUGAAGCGAAUGUUUCUCAUAAUCAACGGUAUCAAAGGAGUGUCUAGAAAAAUUAGGUAGGUGCAGGUUCCAAGGACAGUGUUGAAAGAAGCCAAUACGAGUAGAGGAUGCCCCGCUUGCGUAGUCUCGUAGCAGUCCGGGCAAUGCUUGGUGCAGGAGAUUUUGAAAAAAUGAUUGGGAAAUUAACGGUUGGGGAGCAUUACGUGUAAAUCAUACUCAUUAAAACGUGGAUGGAAGGAGUCCCGGGAAGAUCUGUAUGUCGAACCAAUUAAUGCUCACGAGGGAUUCUCUAUACUAUUGAUCUUGGGAGCAUGGUGGUAAAAAGAGGUAUUGUAUCGUGAAAGCUGGUGUCAAUUUGUGUAUGAUAUGUAUGUUCUAGAGCUCUAAACUGAUAAUGUCAGUAAGUAUGUAAACUCGUUUCCAAUCGGACUCUUUGUUAUCCUCUCGGAGCUCGGGGGAAGGUGGCUAGGGUGGUGUUAUAUGCUCUUGUUUCUUGACAGAUACAUGAAAACAUUUUAGACAGAAAAAACGAUUGAUUCCCAAACAAUAAACAUCAGUAAAUUAUACCUUCUAAA